GGAGGGUGAUUUGUUUGUGUGAGUCUAUCUGAAAUACGAACUAACCAACCUAGCUAGCUAUCUCAUUUCGAUUGGCUAGGGUUUCUGAAAUCACCGCCACAGACGACGAUGGCCGAGGUCGAUAACACUCCGGCCGAUAACCUUGACGACCGUCGGGAUCUGAAGGAGGAUAAGCCUUCCACUGAAAAUGAUUCGUCGUCGCUGCUUCCGCCUCCGAAGCGCAGAGGAGAUAGGGAUUCCAGGGAGCGGAAGGACGAAAAAGACCUUGACCGAUAUCCUCCUCGUCGUCCUGGAGGAGAUUACUACGAUCGCAAUCGCUCGCCUCCACCCCGUCACCCUAUUAGAGAUAGAGAUUACAAACGUCGUCUCAGCGCUAGCCCUCCUCCUCCAUACCGUGAUCGUCGCCACUCUCCUCCUCCCAGGCGUUCAUCCCCCUUGCCUCCUUUCAAACGAUCGCGGAGGGACGACGGUGGUUAUGAUAGACGCGGCAGCCCUAGAGGAGGUUAUGGUCAUGGCAACAGAAGGUUUGGAAAUGAUUAUGGGAAUGAGCGAGAUAUGGGAGGCAGACUUAAUUAUGGCAAUGAUAGGCCACGUGGUCAACACUUCGGACGCAUAUCUGAUUGGGAUGCAGACCAUGGCGACUAUAAUGAUGGUGGAAACAUGGAUAAUGCCCAUAGACAAGGCCUGAUGUCUUAUAAGCAGUUUAUUCAGGAAUUGGAAGAUGACAUUCUACCUUCAGAGGCUGAACGCAGAUAUCAAGAAUACAAGUCAGAGUAUAUUACAACACAGAAACAAACUUAUUUUGAUGCUCAUAAAGAUGAAGAAUGGUUUAAGGAUAAAUAUCAUCCAACAAAUUUACCCGCCGCGAUAGAAAGGCGAAAUGAGCGUGCAAGGAAGGCUGCAGAAGAUUUCUUAAACGAUUUGCAGAGUGGAACUUUGGAUCUAAAUCCUGGUGUCAAAGCUACACCUGCAACCGGACCAGAACAAACAAGUGAACCUAAUGCUGAUAAUGAAGUUGAUGAUGGCGGCAAGCGCACGAGGCAUGGUAGAGUAUUGUCCAAAGACGAUGAUUUAAUUUCAUCAGCUCCAAAAGCUCACGCAAUUAGCUCUGAUCCCAGAAGGAUCAUAAUUGACAUUGAACAAGGGCUAGAACUUGUAAAAAAACUUGACUCGGAGAAAAAGAUUGAUGGAAAUAUACUUUCAAGGGCUGACAAAUCUAGUGGUAGUUCAAGUGGGCCGGUUGUUAUAGUACGAAGUUUGGCAUCUGUUAAGGGUCUUGAGGGCAUUGAACUACUAGAUACCCUUUUAACAUACCUAUGGCGUAUACAUGGUGUGGAUUAUUAUGGAUUGGUUGAGUCUAGUGAAGCGAAGGGUCUUCGUCAUGUAAGACAGGAUGGAAAGAGCUCUGAUGCUGCUGCUCCUAAUGGGUCGGAGUGGGAGAAGAAAAUUGAUUCUCACUGGCAAGAGAGGUUAAAGGGUCAGGAUCCAUUGGAGGUAAGGGCUUGUAGAGAAAAGUUGGAUGCAGCUGCUACUAAUCUUCUGGAUCCCAGUGUCCGUAAAAUUAGAGAUGAGAAAUAUGGGUGGAAGUAUGGGUGUGGAGCUAAGGGGUGCACAAAGCUGUUUCAUGCUGCGGAGUUUGUCUAUAAGCAUUUGAAGUUGAAGCAUAUUGAUCUUGUGGGAGAGCUGACAAAUAAACUUAGAGAAGAUUUCUUUCGCGAGAACUACAUGAAUGACCCAGAUGCACCUGGUGGGACCCCAAUUAUGCAGCAGCCAAAACCAAGGGAGAGGCCACAACAGCAAAGGCGAAGGCUAGGUAUGGAACACAGGUUAAGAGAUGAUAGAGGGAAUCAAAUGGAGUUUGAGAACCAAGACCAUCAUGGUGGUGGUGGUGGAGGUGGAAAACAAGAUGAAAUGAUGUUUGAUUCAUCAUCAGGAGGAGGAUUAAAUAACGACGGUUCGGCUGCUUUCCCUUCGGAUGGUCAUCCCCCACCCCCUGUACUUAUGCCUAUUCCUGGUGCUGGCCCACUUGGUCCCUUUGUCCCUGCACCACCUGAAGUUGCAAUGAGGAUGAUGAGAGAACAAGGUGGUGGUGGUGGACCGCCAUAUGGAGUUAAUAAUGGUAGAAAUAAUAAUAACAAUAAUAAUGGUCCGUCUGGUCCGUCCCCAAUAAUUGCCCUGCCUCCUUCAUUCCGUCAGGAUCCUCGCAGAUUGCGUAGUUAUCAAGAUCUGGAUGCUCCGGAUGAUGAAGUUACUGUGAUAGAUUACAGGAGUUUGUAGAGAAGCAUCUCUAAGCUGAGGUAAGUAGUACACACAGUUGAAACCAGACUCCCAUAAUUCAUUUUUGUUUUUUGGUUGUUUGAAGAAGAAGAUGAAUCAAUCUGGUUCAUCCAAUAGGAAAACAGUGCGUGUUUGUGGUUUUGGUCAUCAUCGUCCUAACUAAACAUUUCCCCUUUCCCCUCCUUAUGAAUGCUGCUAGCUAUAUUUUUGGUGUAGUAAGACAGACUGAACAUGAACUUUUAUUAUAUAUUAGCAAGCACAUCCUUCCUUCUUUGGAGAGUAAUUACAUUAGAAUUUUAUAUUAUACAUUUUAUUGACGGAUUUUGAACCUUCUAUUUCAGUUUCUUUUA